UGCAAACCAACCUCCACAGAAACGGUUGAUGCUAUUUUCGCCUCGUAUUUGUCAUUACAUGUCUUUUUUAAUAGUUUGCAUGUAGUAAAUUGACAUGCCAGUGUGGGUUUUUACGUGUAGCCCUCGCUAGCAUUACGACGGAUUUACUGGAGGAGGGCGGUGAGAAAUGAAUUCCCUUCUCCUGGUGUCCUGUAACUUCUCACAUCAUGGCUCCUUCCUGCUGCUCCGUUCUGGCCGGUCCUGCUGGCUCAGAACCCUGAGUGCCAGACUACAGAUCAGCAACAACCUUCGAGAGAGCUACCGGCUGCUGCAGCUGCCAGAAGGCGAGAUCGUCAGCCCUGAACGGGCGAAGGAGUCGUUCCUGCGCCUGGCUAAGCUGUACCAUCCGGACUCUGGCGCGCCCACUGCUGAUGCGGCUCUCUUUGCCCGGGUGGAGGAGGCCUACCGCUCCGUGCUGGCACACCACAGCGCGGCUCGGCGGCAAGAUGCUGCGCAGGACGAGGACAAGGACCCGUCUUCGGGCGUUGCCCCUCAACAUAGACACUACCUCAGCUACGAGGGCGUGGGCUCGGGCACCCCCAGCCAACGCGAGCGCCAGUACCGCCACUUCCGUGCCGACAAGGCCGCCGAGCAAGUUCUGCACUACCGGCAGAGGGAGCACGAGAGGGCGGCGGCUGCCGAGGGUGCGCUGGUAGAGCGGGACGUGCGGCAGCGCAGCAGGAGCAUCAAACUCACCCAAGCGGUGGAGCGGUUGGUGGAGGACCUGAUCCAGGAGUCCAUGGCCCGGGGGGAUUUCCGCAACCUGAGUGGCACUGGAAAGCCGCUCAACAAGUUCCAGCACAACCCCUAUGCUGACCCCAUGACACACAACCUCAAUCGCAUCCUCAUGGACAACGGCUAUCAACCACCCUGGGUGCUCAGGCAGCGUGACAUCCGCGAGGCCGCGGCUCGUAUCCGGGGCGAGUUGCUGGACGGGCGGGCCGGGCUGGGCGAGCCCCUCGGCCCGACAGAGCGUCUCCGCUGGGUUGAGCUGUGCGCCCGCGCCGAAGAAGCGCUAGCGAAGCUCAACAAGAUGGUGGACAGCUACAACCUGAUCGUGCCCAUGCUCCAGAUGCAAAUGGUGCAAUUCAGCCUGACGCGGGAGGUGCGGCGUGCAGAGGAGGCGGCCGGACAGUGCCGACUUGAGCAGCGACAGAGGAGGAAGGAGGAGAGGAAGAGGGUCAAUGCUGCCAAUGUCGCUGCCAAUUCUGCAGGUGCAAGGCGAAGUCUGGUGUCAUGGAUACCAAGCUGGCUCAAAUGAAUGACACAAAACAUCACUUUAAUUUAUUUAUAAGGUUGAACUUUGAUAUCAUGGACCAACAUUCAAAACAUUGUUUGACUUUUCCUUUAAAUGUUAUUUCCAACCUGAAAAUACACUGAAACAGCCACAAUCCCAGCCUGGAAACUACAAGUACAACAAUUAAUUGAUUCAUUGACAACUAUUUUGAUAAUUGAUUAAUCACUUAGAGACUUUGUUUACCUUAAAAUUGUCCAAAUCCCUGUAAUUUUAGCCUCU